UAUACCGAGCUAGAAUGCCUUGUCUUCCUUUCUUGAUUUCUGCGAAGAUAUUCGGUGGCUUUCUUGAAGACCGGUGAGGUGAUCUACCUUCCAUCAGAUGGCGCCGCCGUGGAGACACCCAAUCAAGGACUUAGACUUAGGGAUACAAUAUGUCAUCUCAACAUACGAAGCAUGUGCCACCCAUACCCCGCUCUUUUUAAGGGAAAUGGAGGCUUCGUUUGUAGUAGCCCUGGUGAAUAUUUUAUUUAAAGAGUGAGAAUUCCAACAAUCUUAAUGGGCUUAACUUCCGUCUCUGGAUUCUCGUCAUCUGGUACGCGGUUAAGAUUCCUUGAACCGCAACAACAUGGCCGAAUCAGCUCUAGCUACGGUAGGAGCCGCGGCGAGCCUCGUCCAGCUUGGCGACGCGGCCUUACGGUUGUGUCGCAGUAUCUCUAGUUUCAUAGGCGAACUGAAGGAUGCAAAAGACGAUAUGCGACACCUCCGGAGUAAACUCGAUGAUACGAAUUCCCUUAUGAGGAACCUGAUUGCCUAUAUCCGCGAGUUCCAAGACGCCCCUUCAACGAGUAAGGAGCACGAGGUCUUACCGGAAGUAGUUGUGGGUGCUGUCCAACACUUCCAUGAUAGCCUCAGGUCAGUUCGCGAAUGUCUACCACCUGAUCUAUCACCUAGCUUUACGCAAAAGUUUUGUUUCGUUUUCGAUAAGAAGAAGAUCCGGAGCGCUAUAUCCAAACUUGAGGGGUGUAAGGCCAGUACUUCGUUUGCAUUGAAUAUCAUCUGUAGCCGAAACAAUAUCAAGUUACGUGAUGGCUUGAUCAGCCUUAGAAUAGAUGCCGAGACAAUAGCUGCCGAGCAGAAAACAGCCUUACAGAUCUCCUCACAGCAAACAUCCCAAAUACUGACUGAAAUUCAAGAUAUAUCUCAGCAGCAGUCACAGUCACUUAGGUCUUUGGAACAAGUCGACAAACAAAUUUCAGACACUACGGCCCAGCUUCAGUCUUUACAUACAAUGAUGACAACCCAGAGCAUUCAUCCUCAGCGGCAGCGCUCUACUCAGACGUUCACCGCCGUUGACGAAGACACUCUUGCGAAGCUCGUGCGGAUUUGUGUGAUGCAGACGGUUGAAAUGGUCACCCCCGAUGUGAAUAGAGACGAAACGAGUAAGAUUAACGAUCUUAGCACCAAUGUCGCCUCACAAGCUCAUCGCCAGGGAUUCUUCGAUGCGAAAGAAGCCGAAUCAUCGCACGCGCCAGCGCCAGAAUUUUCAAUUCGGAACCGCAAUCGAGCUCGGAGAUCCAAUAUUGUGCGACUUUUCCAAAACUAUAAAACCAUUCGACUAAGAUGGGCGACAUUCAAUUUGCGCGUCACCGGGUGGAGACAUCGUCAAACGGAGUCUCGAAGCUCUGCCUCAUACUUUUCCAUCGAGAUUGAUUUUAUACCUCGGCGCUUUGUUCCCUUUGGUAUAUCUUCAUCUUAUACGAACACCCCGAAUCGCGCAGGGUACUACAACGUCUGCCCCACCAUCCUGACGUUUAAUAUUAUCCCUGAUAGCAUACCGAUAGACCGCAUUUUUGAAGUUGACGAAAUAGAUACGCUACGACGUUUGAUAAUGAACCGUGAGGUGGGCGUGAGGGAUCAUACUAGAUUUGGAACUCCUCUCCUCAAGCUGGCACUAAAGUUUAGCUCCGCGAAGUGUUUUCAAUACUUGGUAUCUGGAACUGGAGUUCCAAUUUCAACAGUUCUCAGUUUUUCAAACAUAACCGAUUCCACUCUCGUCUAUUUUUCGGCAGCUGCUUAUAUGUCAGUUUGGAGAGACAUUCCAAUCUUCAGAGCCUGUGACUGCUGGCGUGCCAUUUUGGACACUGGUCUGUUUGUCGAUUCUCAUCAGAGAUUCCUUCCACAGAUUUGGGCCAUUAUCUGGAUGUAUAGGGAAAAGCGCUCUGCAAAUCAAACUUACCCGAUCCUGGAAUAUGGCUUACAGGUCAUUCAGGAAUAUAAAAACAUCGGAUUCGACAUCGAAUUAUUCGCGUGGCUGAAAGAUGAAGUCUUCGUCAACUCGCUGUAUACCUUUCUCUAUCACGAAUUCUGUCUGGAACUCAGCUUCGAAGCUGGCGAAGACCCCAUGAAUGCGCCGUUGAAAGACUAUGACGGAUUGCGUCCUUUAGAAUGUGCGGUCAGCUAUCUGGACGGGUUACCAAUCGGUAAUGAACUCGAUUGGAACAAGUUGCCCGAUGCCUUGUCACCACGCGUCCUAGUCUUACUCAUCAAGGCUGGAGCAGACGUCUUCUACGUUAACGACCACCCCAGAUCGAUCACAGAUCUAGCGCUCGAAUUGGGUGUCGAGCACCUGUGGAAAGCGGCGCUUAUUGAAUGUGGAUACGAUCCGAGCGAGGUCAAAGCGGAGAGUGAACGACGGAAGAUGGUGGCUAGGAGACUUCAUCCAGCAGAACGGAGUGGCGUUGAUACUGGACCGAUGAACUCUACACAUGACUUGAGACAUAGGUCUGCGGCAAGGACUACAUCGAGCGAAAUGUCGGCGGUGGAUUAAACCGCUACAAGGGGCGUUGGUUAUCCUUUAUCCGAAAUAGGGGGUUAGUACAAUUUCUUUUCCUCAGCUAGGAUCCGAUCAGGAGUAACAUCGGAAGGAAAACCAAGGAGUUCAAUCA